UCGAAGAAUGCAACGACCACAUGCAUUUGCUACUGUUGCUGUAAUGCGACAUUCGAUCACCUACUAAUAUUUGAUAAGAUCUCGCGAUAGGUGAAUAGAAGGACGCAAUGUUUUAUGCGUUGUUAAUCCUCGUAAAUCGACCUUAGAAUAAUGAAGUUUUGUAAAUUAUUUGUGCUAUUAAGUGCGUUAUUUGUGCAUUGUCGGUGCGAAGAGAAAAUAGAUCAGGAAACGCAAGGGAAAGAAGAAAAUCGAAGCGGAAAACAAUUAAUAGAUCAAUCUGAACACGGGGGCUGGCGUACGGUACAUCUGCCAAGUUCGAACGAAUGGACCCCGAAAGAAGAGAAGCCAAUAGCAGUAAACGAGUAUUUAGACAGCCCACCCCGGCGUAGGAGGAUACGGAAAAGAAAGCGACGGCCAUCCGUCGAAAACCUACCACAACGUCAAUUGCCAUCGCAUACGUUGGACGAUGUAGAAGAAAAGUGGAUGGAAAUGGAGGACGAAUCCGUCAAACUGCCUCACAGUAGACGCAGAGUCGUUCCCACAUACUUAUCCGAAUUGGAGCAACAGGAAGAUAUUUCCACCCUCUAUGAAAAGGUAAGGGACCCCUUCACCGCCUUAGAAGAAGCUGAAGCUAAAUCUAGAUUGAAGAAGAAAUCGGAAACGAUGGAAAAUACAACCGUGUCCAAUUUAAAGAACAUACUCAAGCAAUCGGGGGGUUCUUUGAAUUUGAGCGAGUUACUGCAGAGGAAAAACUUGUCACUUUCGGAUUUGCUAAAUGGAAAACACCACGCAAUUAAUGCACUUACAGAAAAAACUGAGUCAAGUACAGACACUGUGACGUUCAGCAGUACCAUCGCGAAUUUAGAUUCGUCCAGUCUCGCAGUGGAGGCGCGCUAUAAACCAAAAAUUAGGGGCCAGAAUCCCAGGAUUUCGGAAAUUGAACAGACGACAGAGAGGAAGUUGUUUGUGCCAACGUUUGCCAAGAUUAUACCUUUCCACUACAAACACAGUACCGUUAGGAUGACGUCCACCAGCGGACCUGUAACAGUAUCUGCAGUAACGAAGAACAAUACCAGAGGAAAGUUAAGCGAUCGCAGAACCAAAUAUGGUUCGUUGGGAACGAAAUUACAAAAUCACCAAAAUGUAACGACACAAAUUCCUUUGCAAGCUUUUACCAUCGAUUUACAAGAGCUCUUCGGCUUUUCACAGCUGGUCCAAAAUCGCAACACAUCAACGGACGCACCCUAUCGAAUGAAAAUCGAUAUGGACGACAUUAGAACGUCGACGGAAUUCGAAAAACUCAGACCGACAAGUGCGCGUGAAGAAAUAAUGGAAGUUUUAAAAGACGACAGAAGUAAACAGAAUUUGUCGCGUAUUCUGCUGCUCAGAAACAUGACAGUGGAGGAGUUGGUGGCACAACGUGAAAGAGGAUCGAGCCAAGUUCAUUUGGCCGAUAUUUUUCAUAAUCAAACCAGAGAACCGGAACCUCCCAGUGAGCCUUAUGUAGGAAUAAUAAGCGAACACGGAGGGCGCAAAUCAAAGACGUUGCACGGUUCUAAUGAGCUCCUCGAUCGCGGAACGGGUAGUUCUGACGACAACAGCAAACCUGGUUACGCUGUGACGAGCUUUCCAACUUACAAGAUAGCUAGGGAGAAGCUUUCGUAUCAAAAUCAAACGGCUCCAGUACAGGUGUGGAAAACACUUUAUCCCAUUCUCUAUACGGUUAAUAGCAGUAAGUCGUUAGAAAGGAAGGAAAUUCUAAGUGAAAGUAAGGCAAGCGUCGAUGAAGUUUUGCGUAACGACGUGCACGUGGUGGAAAAUGUUGAAAAUACCAUUUCAGAAGCGGGAAAUCAUAAGUUAAAUGUAGAAAUAAUCGAAAACAAUAGUUACGAAGAUGAGAACAGUUUUAUGCGAUUACCGAGCGGAGUGAAAUCGGCAAUUAUAGCUAGUGCUGCUCUCGUUGCCGUUUCCUUAUUAGUAUUUUUAACGAUCCUCAUUAUAUGUAAGUGGUCGAAUAAAAAGAAGAAACGUUUGUGCUAUUCCGAUGUUUAUUCCGGAUCGAAAAUAAAAUCGCCUAUAUUAGAAACGCGCCCCAAACGGACGAUUAGGACAAUUAUGAAUGAGACUUUGGGGAAACACAAAAGCUAUUCUAAUGUGUAUCCUCAGAAUAUAUCCGAUUAUUUUUGGGAAAGUGAUAAAAAACCGUUUCAAUGAAUGUUAUGUGAAAUACAUUAUGCCCUGUAUUAUAUUAUUGUGAUGAUUGUGUGCAAUAUUUAUUUAUUAACCAAUUUGGUUCGUUUUAUACAAUUUACGCUGUUGAUUGGGUAGGUAUACAACAAGAUAUAUGUACUCAAUAAAGUAUUUAAUUUAUCA